GUGGGAUUUGGUUCGGAGUCUUACAAAUUUGUCAUUUCCGGUUUACCUGUAUAUCAAAAAUUCGAUGAUCGUGUACAGGUAAAAUUUGGAAAUAUUGCGUAAAAUGAAGAACUCACUUGUCCUUAUUGGUCUUCUUGGUUUCAUUGGUUCUUGUUUUGCUCUUGAGUGUUAUGUGUGCCUAGGACAGAGAACAAAUAAAGACAAAUGUAUAAAAACCACCAUUCAAUGUGAACAAGAACAGGAUGCCUGCAAAACACAAAUCAGAUGGCAGCAGCCUCGCUUUUGGCAGCGAGUCAGUGAGAGAUAUCACAACAUCUCAAAGUCAUGUGAGACAAAAGCUCGCUGUGAUGCCGAGGCAGCUGCGAAGGGAUUCAGGUGUAUGCGAGAUUGGUACAGAGACUGGGACUGUGUAGAGUGUUGCCAAGGAGACCGGUGUAAUUACUACGCAACAUUGGGUGGAAGUCAGACACAGCUGAGUUUUCUCCUGUUGACCAUCGUCCUAAUCUCUCAGGCCUUACAUCAUUAUUUACGAUAACAUCAUAAAUUGAUUAAAAUGUAACCAUAACAUUCCAAAUCUCUGCAGCAUUGAGUUCACCCAAAGAAAACUGACCUCUUCAAAAUGUUGAAUAAUUAAUGUACAUAAAGAAUGCUUACUUCUUUACUCCUGAAAUAUUUCUCAUAGAUUUUUCCCAUUUUUUUUUUUAAGUGCUGAAGUCAGGAAAUAUGAUGGUAAAUGUGUAUGAGUUGCGGCAAUUAUUUCUAACUCUAUAUAAAAAUGAAGUUUAUAAAUGUAUGAAGAUGAACUCUAUACUAUAUAUCCAGGCUAUUCAGUUUGUCUGAAUCAACAACAAAAUUGAGCUGUUAUUUUAAACAUUUUACUAAUAUUUGCCAUAUGUACAUAUGUAUUUUUAUACCAGUAGCUGUAUAUAUAAUAUCAUUUAAUAGGAUUAUUUGUCACCCCUUUUUAUAUUAUCAGGUUAAUUUACAUGUAUUAAGGAAUGAUGGUAUAUGAAACUUUGUGAUAAUCAUGGAUCAUAUUAGUGCAUGCAUCAAUGUCAUUAACAGGUAGAUUGUAAAAUUUGUAAGAUUAUUCUCAUCUGUGCAUUGUAUGUCUGUGAAUUUCAAACAAUUAAUUGUUUAACUGUAUGCAACUUUUACAAAAUACUGUGGAAAUGUUAAAAAUUUGGGACUGCAAAUUUUUGUGGAUAAUGGCAAUGGCAAAAUCUCAGGUUUAUGGAAACAGCCUUUUUAGGAUUUUCUUGCAUUAUUAAGGAUUUAUAAAAAAACAUGUACCAUGUUUCAUAAAUAACUGAGGUUGUAAAUUCAUGGGUUAGGGGGCAACUGAAUCUACAUAAUUAAGCCAACUGGAAAUCUGAUGCUUCUGCAGUAUUUUGAAAGCAAUAACCAUGGGGAUGGUUGUGUGGAUGUGUGAUAUGAAAGUGAUUGUAGACUCAUAGAAUGAAAGGGACCAGAUUAAUGUGCAUGUAUUUCAUAUAUUAUUGUACAUAGUAUACGCAUUUUUUUUAAAAUCAAGAUUUCAUGCAUUCCAUGAUUGUAAUACAUGUAUACAUAUCUUUCAUGAAUAAAUUUUAUUCAGACAUA